AUGAAGCUGGGACUCGCCAUUCGCAACGCUCUAGACAAUGAGACCGCAAUUGUGGUUUCAGGACAUAGGCAGCCACAUAUAACGAAAGUUCCUCUUCAGACAAUUUCCAAACUAGCACCUUUCAGUGCCCUGAUCCUCAGCAUCAUCUUCGUCGUAUACUUUGCAGUCCGAUUUUACCUGUUAGAAGGAUACCUUCUCAAGAAGUGCUAUGGAGAUAUAUACACACGGAUGAACGAGACAGUGAGGAGGGGAUUCGUCAAUCAUCACAUUGCCGGGGGAACAAAAUUGAUGAUUUUGGUCAUAGCAGCAUACCCGUUCGUGGAUGUCGCAUUUGGAUCCGCACAUCUUCACUCCCCUUUCGCUGGCUCAAAGAUCGUCACAAUGGGCGACAUCCUGAUCAUCGCCGCACAAGCUCUAAUAGCCAUGUACGUCUUCGAGCUCUUCUACCGCUCAAAGAUCUCCCCAGUGAGCGCUGGCCAUCACAUCGGCACCAUCAUGAUCGGCCAAUCCGCCAUAGCCAUCUCCCUCAACCUCGUCCGCGAAAAAGACGCAACAAUCGAAUUCAUCCUCUGCACCGUCUGGGGCGCAUUCGACAUCAUCUCCGAAUCCCUCCCCCACCUCUCCAUCAUCCUCUACAGAGUCUACCCAACCCACCAUAAGUUCCUCGCCAAACUCUUCUGCAUCUCGGCAAUCACCACGUUCAUCGGCACCAUCGCCGAGACCAUCCUGACUAUGUACCUGUUUGGCAGUCUCUGGGACCGCUGGACGCUCGCGUUUAAAGUCGUCACGCCUAUUCUGCAUGUGCUGUUUGCGUCGUGUCAGUUGUGGGGCACGUGGAACUUUUAUAGGAUGAUGAAGCGGCAGCAACGGUUUUUGCUGGAGGAGAGAGAGGGGGAGGGGGAGAAGUCCGCGGAUGAGGAGAGUGGUUCUGGAGGGGCUGAGAGUGAUGGGUCGGGGAAGAGCUGUUAG